GCUUAAGCUUGAGGGUUCGUGCGAUCGAAAAUAUUCUCUCUUUGUUUUCAUUUUGACACAAGCAAUACAGAGAAAACAUGCGCGCUUCGCACCAUAAAGUGUUAAUCAAUAUAAAAUAUCAUGCGCGUUGGUUUCACCAGAUAAUAUCGUCUAAACGUAGAUAUUUUAUUUUCAUCAUUACCCUGCAAUGUGUUAGUAUUAAAAUAAAACAAAUGUUGGCUCCACAGAAGAAAUGUAACAAAAUGAUGCUUCGCCUCAACAACUUCUUAUAUGUUUUUAACUUACGUCAAGGCACAAUUUUAAUUGCCGUCCAUCAAAUCGCGUUAUCUUCCUUUUUUCUUAUUGUUUUACUCGUUGGGAUAUCCCAUCUAGGAGAGAUGUUACAACUGCUUCACAACGAUAUGAAGGACGAAGAGGAAAGACGGGGCUUUUAUGGAGUGGGUUACGGAGAUCACGUUAAAUUUCAUGAGAGCGAUGUGAUCAGCACUAACAAUCAAUUGCGGUUUAUAAAAGCGCAACGACUUGCUUCCUUUACGGUCGUUUUCCUCUACACCAGUACGAUAUUGACAACAAUUUAUCUGAUUUGUUCUAUUUCACUUCUGCACGGGGCUGUGAAGUAUAAGAGGCAGUAUAUUCUGCCAUGGAUAAUGGCUGCUUGUAUCGCCGUAGUUCUCCUGCUGACUGUUAUUAUACUCGGCGAUGGAUACCCUUGCAUUAUUAAACUAUUCGGAGGUCAUAAUAUGUAUCAUUUUGGUUGCGCUCUGUUCAUCCUUACAUUCAUCUAUGCGAUAUGCGCAGUCAGCAGUUUCGCCAUCGAAACAGGUUCAGGACAUUGCCGCACCACACAUUCACAGACGAACAGUGAUGAGAGAGGUGAACGCCUCCUGUUGCUAGACCACGCAGCACAUUCCAGUCUUCUAUCCGCAGCUCAACUCAACAAGCUAUCCCACGGAACUCUAACUCAUUUCGUUUGAAUACCUUCCACAGAUUAUUAGCCGUUUGCAAUGCUUAGCCCUCUAGCUAAUGCAAUUAAUAUUCCUUUGAAGCACAUUAGAUUCAGUUGUCCAUGUUUUUAUGUUAUAAGCGUAUUAAUAUUAAUUAUAAACAUGGACGUACUAAUUAGCUGUUGUGGGUUGUAUUCUAUGAAGCACAAGUUAUUUAUAAGUACUUACAUACUUAGUAUAAUAGGAAUAAUAUAUUAAUAAAAAUUACAAUAACUGUGAUUUUAAAAGGUUCGAACAUUUGUGGCCUUUGACAUUAUAUAUAUACAUCAUAAUAUAAAUAAUGGCUAACGUACGGUUUUACUUUUAGAAUCGAUACAACUGUGAACUGUCUUUUAUCGUGUGCUAGAACGUACAACACAAGUCAAAAUUCUUUUUAAAAACGUUCGAAUCACUUUACCGGGUAUUUUAAAUCGAAUAUUUAUUUUGUGAGAUAUUUAAAAGAUAAAUUUUAAAAUAUUUUAAAGUUUUAAAUAUCAAAUCUUAAUGUAUAUCUACUACUGUAUAUUUUAUUUUAAUGAAUGUAAUAGCUUGGCAGAGCGGUAUCUAACUACUUAGAUACGGAAGGUAUAAUGUUCUGAAAUUUCCAUGUGAGGUUCAAAAUCAGUUUGUACCUAGUUGGUUAUACUACACUAAAAUCGCGUCGUAACUACCUUUAUGGCCGUAUGGAUAAGAUAACUCGUGAUAGCAUAAGCGAUAAAUGAAAGAUGAAUGCAGGCUUUAAAUAUAUCAAAUCAGGUUUUUUUUAAAUCUAAAAGUUCAAGCUAGCUUAUGGCCUGCAACGCAUCUUAUGACUGCUAGUUUUACGCUUCCCAUCACGUGAGCCUCUUACCCGUUUGCCUUUUCUUAUAAAAAACAAAUGUACCUACUGUGUACCGCGACUGCUUAAGUAAGUACCUAGGUACCUGCCAAGCUGAUAUUAUGCACAGUACGUACACUUGGGAACAUUAUAAGAUGUCUAGUGGACUGUUGUUAUUUAGCCUUAAUUCCUACAGUACGUAAAUGAGAAUAUGAUCCUAAGAUCAUUCAUGAAAUUGUAAGUUUGACCACAUUUUGGUAGAGUUGAAAUGUUUUUUUUUUUCACAGGUUAGCUUAAACUUGUCAUUAUAUUUGACACUAUUUGAAUGAAUUAUGGUUUGAAAAUAAUGACUUACCGACAAACACUAACCGACUACAAAGUGUGAUGGAGUAACCCAUCUAGAAAUUUUGGUUGAAUAAAUACGUGACUACCAAGUUAAUUUUGAACAAAAGGAAAUAUGUACUUUCUAAAUGACCCUUAAUUUAUGAAAUACAUUGAUUUUUAGUAUUGUUAAAUAAUUAAUCAAAUAGAAUUUCAAGCAAUGAAAAUCAAGUGUUCAAAUUGUGUUGCCUCGUUGUCAUGCUAUUUAAAUAAAGAUUAUUCUAAAUA